GUCUGUCUGGAUAAGCAGCGCCAACUCUCUGUUAUUAUAAAAAUGAAUGACGGUUAGCGCUGUCAAGUUUAUCGGCGAAAAUCUGGCAAUACUGAUUAAUGCAGUUCAAAAUUAUUCUUUUUUAAUAAGGUAGCAGCUAGUAUAAUAUUGUAGUAUAUAAACACGAUUAUUAAUGUUACUGCCUGAAUUCUUUUAAGAAUUUUGGAAUUUUUUCACUUGGCAACUCACUAAAGUUAGGCUUAGCAGCGCGAAUUGCGCAUCUCCACAAGACGACGCAUCCGGUUAACGUGCUGUCCCAAGACAACGCUUUGGUAACAGAGAUGCCCGUCGUGAACGGUUAAGGUUCUUGACAAAUGAGCCUUAUCACACUCCAAUAAGACAAGCAAGGGAUUCAAGUCGAGUUUUUGUAAAAAAAUGGAGGAAGAAAAUGAUUUUUUGAAAUUAUCCAUUGAAGACAGGUGCCAACACAAGUUAUGGAAAGCAAGAUUAAGUGGUUAUGAGGAUGCUGCCAAAUUGUUCCGGACACAGGAUGAUGAAAAAAGUGCAGAAUUCAUGAAAUAUUUGGGUUUGUUGAAAAAAUUUGUUAUUGAUAGCAAUGCUGUGGCACAAGAGAAAGGCUUAGCAGCAGUAUUGGCAUUUAUAGAGAAUGCAGCAUGUGCUUCCAAGACAGUUAGUGAUGUAAUGAGUGGACUUGUAAGUAAAUGUUUUUCUUCACCUCGGGCAAAAACUCGGGAACUAGCUCUUGAAAUAGUUUUAAUGUAUAUAGAGAUAGAAAAACAAGAUGUAGUUUUAGAAGAAUUGGUGAAAGGACUUGAAAAUAAAUCACCUAAAGUUGUAUCAGCAUGUGUAAUGGCAUUACAUGAAUCCUUGCAUUUAUUUGGUUCUCAAGUCAUUACCGUGAAACCUCUCGUUAAAGUCUUGCCAAAGCUUUUAGAAGAUAGAGAUAAAAGUGUGCGAGAAGAGUCAAAGCUUUUGUGUAUUGAAAUAUAUCGGUGGGUGGGAGAUGCUAUUAAACCACAGUUGCAGACAUUAAAACCUGUUGCGCUUACUGAAUUAGAAAAUGAAUUUCAAAAAGUUGGAGGUGAAAGAAUAUCACCUACUAGGUUUUUAAAAUCUCAACAAGAAAAGAUGGCCAAACAGAAAGAAACCUAUGGUGAAGCAGCAGAGGAAAUGGAAGAUUUGGAAGAAAAUGCUCCUGUACAAGUUGAUCCUUAUGAUUUAAUGACAGAAGUUGAUAUUCUUUCAAAACUACCCAAAAACUUUUAUGAACAGUGUGAAGCCAAAAAAUGGCAAGAGCGUAAAGAAGUUCUUGAAAUCUUAUUGCAGUUAACAACAAAUGUUAAAUUAGAACCUGGUGAUUAUGGUGAUCUUGUUCGGACAUUGAAAAAAUUCAUUACUAAGGACUCUAAUGUUUUAGUAGUUGCUUUGGCAACUAAAUGUUUAACAAACCUUGUUCUUGGUCUAAGGAAAAAAUUUCAGCCAUAUGCUUCAGCAUGUGUUCCAGCAAUAUUCGAGAAAUUUAAAGAAAAGAAGCAAAAUGUUGUAUCAGCUCUUCGUGAAGCUAUUGAUGCACUAUAUAGUAUUAGUUCUUUAGAAAUAAUGCAGGAAGACAUUCAGACUGCACUGGAUAGUAAAAAUCCUCAAGUGAAAGCUGAAACUUGUUCUUUUCUAACACGUUGCUUUUCUGCAUGUUCUUCCACCCAGUUGAAUAAAAAACUGCUUAAAGCAUUUACAGUGUGUCUGUUAAAAACACUUAAUGAUACUGAUUCUGCUGUCAGAGAGAAUUCUGCUGAAGCUCUAGGUACAGCUCUAAAAGUUGUUGGGGAACGUACUAUGUCACCAUUUCUACAGGAAGUUGAUGCAAUCAAAAUGGGUAAAAUUAAAGAUUUUUGUGAUAAAGCUGUGGUAACAGCCAAAACUGUGGCAGUUGUUGAGAAGAAGCCUGUUUCAGCACCUGUAAAACCAAGUGUUGUAAAAGUAAUGCCUGAAGAAACAGUUAGCAAGUCUGCUAGUGGAGGAAUUAAAAAACCUGCUUCUGCUGGUCCUGUCAAAACUAAGGUUGCUACUGCGUCCUCACGUGUUGUAAGGUCCGGAGCUAAUAAAAAAGGAGUUGGUGACACCAUUGAACCUGAAUUCAAGGAACAAGAACUUUCAGAGGAAGAAGUUUUGGCUCAAGCUGCUGCUAUCUUACCUGAUCAUGUAAUAGCUGGUUUAAGUAGCUCUAAUUGGAAAGACAGAUUAGCUGCUGUAGAGAAAUUUUUUGAAGUUGUUUCAGCUAUGGAAAAAGGAAACAUACCUGCACAAGUUCUUAUAAAAUUAUUGGCUAGAAAACCUGGCUUUAAAGAGAAUAACUUUCAGAUUUUGAAACUUCGAUUUGAAAUCUUAACCUAUAUUGCUGAAAACGCACAGAUAUCUCAUACUGCAAUUGAAAGUUGUUUGUCUGAUAUAGUUGACAAAAUUGGAGAUGCUAAGAAUGGUGGAUAUGCCGGAUCAGCUUUGACUGCUCUGGCAGGAGCAACUAGUCUUGAAUAUAUAAGCCUUGAAGUUUUAAACUUAGCCUUUAACCAAAGAAAUCCAAAAAAUCAAUCGGAAGCUUUACUUUGGAUGUCCAAUGCAAUUAAGUUAUUUGGCUUAAGAAUUCAGAUGAAAGAAGUUAUAGAUCAUCUGAAAAAAGCUUUUUCUUCAACUAAUCCUGGUGUCAGAAAUGCUGCAUUAUCUCUUAUUGGAGUAAUGUAUAUGUAUGUAGGAAAACCUCUCCGAGCUUUCUUUGAAGAUGAAAAGCCAGCUUUGUUGCAACAGAUAGAUUCUGAAUUUGAUAAAAUAAAAGAUGCAAAACCUCCCGUUCCAGAAAAAGGAAAGUCUGCCAAAUUAUCUGGAUCUGGAGAUGCUACAGAAUGUUCAAAAUCAAACGCCCAAGUUAAUCUUUCAGAUAUGAUGCCUCGGGUUGAUAUAAGUAAUCAGAUUACUUCUCAAUUACUGUCUGAUCUAUCAGAUAAAGACUGGCAUUUACGAAGUGAUGCUUUGCAGAAAAUUUCCAAUAUCAUUAGUGAAGCAAAAUUUGUAUCUCCAAACUUAGGAGAUUUACCUAAUGCACUGCGACCUCGAUUAGCAGAUACAAACAAAAAACUUGCAUUGCAGGCUUUAAACAUAUGCCAAAUGCUAGGUACAUCCUUAGGGAGCAACUGUUCAAAGCAAAUACGAAAUUUUGCACCAGGAAUACUUAUAUGUCUUGGAGAUAACAAAGCUCAUGUCAGAGCUGCUGCUCUUCAGUGUCUAAAUUCAUGGAUGGAUCAAUGCCCAUUGGCGAAUUUAUUCGAAGGUGAGAUGAUUUAUGACGUUCUCCGAACAGAUAAUCCCUUUUUAAGGAUUGAACUCUUUUCGUGGUUAACAGAGAAAAUGACAACUGUUACAUCAUUACCUGCAGCUGAUUUAAAUAUCUGCUUACCUGUUUUAUAUACUUGCUUAGAAGAUCGUAAUGCUGAUGUGAGAAAGAAAGCAUCAGAGUGCAUUUUACCUUUUAUGAUGCAUGUUGGUUAUGAAUCCAUGGCUAGAGCUACAACAAAACUAAAACCUGCCUCAAAAGCAACUGUUAUGUCUCAGUUGGAGAAAGCUCGCCAGAGUCUACCAGAAAAACCUAGCAGUAAACCUAAACAAUCUAAAAGCUCAGUUCCCUUGCCAAGUGAAAGAACAUCACCUCCUCAGACGGUUAGUAAUGAAGAUGCUGUAAAAGGUAAAUUGCAUCGUAGUACAUCUAAAUCUAAACUUGCUUUGAAAACUCCAGGAACUAGCAAAGGAAAAAAAGAAGAAGAAAUUGAUAUAUCACCACCUCUUGUAGCUAACAAUAUGAAAGAUCAAAGGUUGUUAGAUGAAAAAGCUUUAAAAGUCUUAAAAUGGAAUUUCACUAAUCCUAGAGAAGAAUUUUACAUUCAGUUGAAAGAUCAAAUGAUUGCUGCAAACUGGAGUAAAACAUUAAUUUCUCACUGUUUUCACAAUGAUUUUAAAUUUCACAUAAAGGCUAUUGAUUUGCUAAUUGAGUCACUUGAGAACAGUGUGGAAGCAUCUGCAGCAAACUUAGAUCUAAUAUUGAAAUGGCUUGCUUUGAGAUUUUUUGAUACGAAUCCUAGUGUUUUAAUCAAAAGUUUAGAAUAUUUAUUAGCAUUAUUUCGAUCACUUUUAAGUAUAAAUUAUCGCUUAUUAGAAGCUGAAGCUGCAUCUUUUGUUCCUUAUCUCAUUCUAAAAAUAGGUGAUCCAAAAGAUGCUGUCCGUAAAGGAGUUAGAGAAAUUAUUAAAGUUAUUGGUAAAAUUUAUCCAUAUAGUAAAAUGUUUUCUUAUAUAAUGCAAGGAUUAAGUUCAAAAAAUGCAAGGCAACGAGCAGAAUGCCUUGAAGAAUUAGGUUCGAUGAUAGAAUCGUAUGGUUUAAAUGUCUGUCAGCCAUCCCCAGCAAUAGCUCUGAAGGAAAUUGCUCGUCAGAUAUCAGAUCGUGACAACAGUGUAAGAAAUGCAUCCUUGAAUUGUGUUGUGCAAGCUUAUUUCAUUGAAGGUGAAAAAAUAUAUAAAUAUGUCGGGCAACUUUCUGACAAAGAUAUGAGCUUACUGGAAGAACGUAUUAAACGUAGUGCUAAAACUAAAAGCAUGAAACCAGUAGAAAAUACACCUGUGAUCACUCAAAAGUUUAGUGCUUCACAAUCUAUGAAUAACACUUUUGGACCAGCAGAAGAUGAGCCUAAGGUAUCAGAAGUAGUUGCUUCUGCUCAACCUUCUGGUCCUCUUCGACUUGAAACUGAGGACAUAGAGCAGAUGUUCAGACACAAGCAAACAGAAAUAAAAUUACCUGGUCUUGUACCAGUUAAUGCUGAUGAAAUACUCAGUUUACCUGACAUUCAGCUUCCACGAACAAGGCUGAGGCCACCAGCAUCUUCACUAAAAUUACUGAAUAAUUCAGCUGAAGCAAAUACUGCAGUUAAUCUCGUUAUGGCUCAGUUGGCUGCUCAGGAAAUUCCUGUUGUAGUUGAAGCAUUUGCUCAAGUUGAAGAAGUACUUAAACAAAGUGAACAAGCUAUUACAGUUUUGGGACCUAGAGUUGAUCAGUUAUUAGUUAUGGGAGCUAUGCAGUAUCGUUAUGCUCAUAAUAAACAUAUGGCAGAUGAAAAUAUUUGUAAAGCUGAUGUCAUUCGUUUGUACAGAUGUGUAACUGUGGCAUUAGUAACAUUAUUUGAAAAUCCUGUUUUGGCCAGAAAGGCUAGUAGAGAUGUUCUUAGGGAUCUAAUACCCCAUCUUCUUACUGUUAUGCUCGAUAACCGCUUGGAUGAUUUGCAAGAAGGUGCACAAGUAGUAAAAGUAAUUAAUGUUCUAAUAAUGAGAGUUCUUCAGAAAUCACACCCAACUCAUGUUUUAAGUGCUUUAAUAAAGCUUUUGCACGAUUGUGUUGGUAGUGCUAAUGUUUCAGACCGUUUCACUGAUUUGGUCAUGAAAUGCUUAUGGAAAAUGAUUCGAUUAAUUCGCCAUGUUAUAAAUGAUUUGAAUAUUGAUAGAAUUGUAUUAGAUAUUCAUGUGUUUUUAAAAACAUAUCCAUCUUCCACCUGGAAAGAGAGACGAGAUGACACCCCAAUAAGGACUAUCAAAACCAUUUUAUACAAGCUUGUUGAAAUUAAAGGCGAAGACAUUAUGAAACAUUUGUCAUUAAUAUCAGAUCGGCAAGAAUCAGAUUUGUUGAAUUAUUUGCAUAAGCUUCUUGAUAGAAUCAAAGAUGACAAUCGUAAAUCCUCUCAUAAAAGUACAGCACCUGAUGAUAAUGCAGGUGGGAAUCGUCACAAGCGAAGUAAAUCUUCCCCAUUAAAACUUUCAAAAUCCACUCAUGAAGCUCUCACUGAAAUAUUUAAAAAGAUAGGUAGUAAAGAACAAACCCAAGAAGGUCUUGCUGAAUUAUGUGAAUUUACCCAGAAACACCCUGAGGCCGACAUAGAACCAUAUUUACAAACAUCUUCAGAUUUUUUUCAGAAUUAUAUUCGUGAAGGCAUAAAGGAACUAAAAAAUAAAAAAAGUUCAAUGAAAUCUAAUGAAAGCUCCUCAUUAUUUAUGUCUAAGAAAUUUGAGGAAAUAGGGUGGAAUUCUAACCUCUCUACUAAUGAUAGUGUAUUUUCAAAAGAAAGAAUCCAAUCCCAGACAUGGGAAGAAAAAUUUCCACCAUUGCCCCCUCCAACAAUUGAUACCACACCAAUGGAUUUAGUUGAAUGGUUAAAGAAUGUUGUAGCUCGGCUAGGCAUGGAUACAUCAAACUACGAUAAUCCAGCUUUUUUAGAUAAAAUAGCUGGCAGUGAUGAACAGCUCACUGAUGUAGAAAUAGCCCAGAUAUCUUCAGAUAUUGAAAAAUAUAAAAAAAUAAUAAAUGAUCUUAAAAAUGACACUGGCUUAAAACUGAGUAGUUAAUUGUUUAAAAAAUGAAUCACGAAUUAUAACUUUGUUGCUUGCAGUUUAAUAUACAGUAAGAAUAUCUGUACAUGAUCUCUCUUCUGAUACUGUAGCUUAUGUUUUUGUAACAUUGUCUUAUAUCAAUGUAUGAUUUGUUUUAAUUUUAAAAUAAUUGAACCACAAUGGCUUUCUUUUCUGCCCUAGAAAUAGUUUGUAUGUAAAGAGUUUACUGAAUUAAAUAGCAAACUUUUUUUUUUAUAGUUUGACCAUAACCUGGGCCCAUUUUCUUCAUGGCAGUAUUAUUAUUGAAUCUAUUUCAAUUAAUGUAAUUAUUUUCAGAUACAAAUUUGAAUAAAUGUGUCUGAUUGCGAGAAUUUUCAACGUCUAUGUAAAUAUUGCAUUACUGUACAUUUUUGCUUGUCUAAUUUUGUGAAUAUGUUAUAUCACCAUUAAACAACUAAAUUUUUGAGGAAUAAAAAUGUUAAUUGCCAGUUUUGAUCAAAUGAGGAUAUUUGGAAUGUACUAACUAGCAUGUAUUUUUCUAAAUAAUUUUCAUAUUUGAAGUGCUAAAAAAAAGAAGGAAUUUUUGAAUUAAGUUCUGAAAAGUAUUUUAGCUAAAAUGUACAGUGAAUUUGAGAAUAAACUUAUCGUAUCUAUAAAAUAUUCCAUAAAGUUGUUAUUUGAAAUUUAUUCAUAAAUGAGCCUUUUCUUUCAAAGUGAUGCAAGUCCAUUUUAUAUUGUAUGGAGAUAUUUAAAGGUUUUUAUUUGAAUGGUUUGAAAAAUAUUGGUAUAUGCUAAUAUGCUCAUUUUAUGUUUUUUAAAAAUAUUAAAUUGAUUUAAAUUUAUUAUGUGAUAAUUUGUAAAGUAUUAGGUAAAAAAAAAAUAUAUAUAUACUUUUAAUGAACUUGAAUGGACGUAUACCUCUUUCAAAGUCAUCAAAAUGUGAAAAUCAUACAUUUAUGAAAUAUUAAAUAUGGGAUUUCAAUUAAUCAAAUCAAUUUUUUAUUAAAUAGAUAUUGCUUUCAUUAGAAUGAUUCCAAGAUUAUUUUUGGUUUCUAUUUAUUGGGAUGAUUUCUAUAAAAUAAUGAAACAUUAAAAUGUAAAAGGUAAUUAUCAAAAUAAAAGUUUAUUUUACAAAUACCUAUCUUAAUCACUGCCCGAUUCUAAGGUGACAUUAUCCAUUUUGAAUAUUACAUAAAAUGACACUUGUUAUAUAAAAUUAACAGUUGGUAAUUUUAGAGGUAAUCGUACUUAUUUACUCCAAGUUAAGUGCACAAACAAAACACAUUACUACGUAUUUUACUCUGCAAAAAAACGGACAAAUUACCAAAAUUCCAGUGAAAGAAUGAAAAUUUUUGUCAUUAAUAGUGUUACUACACACGUAAAAACGAAGUAGAGAAAUUAUGCAAUAUAAUUUUUGAAGUAAAUUUUUUCAUCUCUGCAGAAAGUGGACUUAACUACUUGCAAAGUAAUUAUAUUUGUAACUUAACUUACUAUGUAAAUUUAUAUUGACAAAAUGAUGAACAUUUUGAAGGAUUCUUUUGGGCAGGGGACUGUUUAUAGAUAAAAAGCUCAUAGCAGAUAGUAUUUAUUGUUAUUAACUAACUUUUGUCAAAACUGUGUACUUACACCACUUUCAAAGAAAAUGGCUCAAAUAAUAAUAAUAUUUUUGUUUUCUACUUAUUCAGAUUUUUUUUUUUAGAUUUCAGUUCAUGCAUUUUGUUAAACUGUUUUGAAUUUGAAAAGUUUUAGAAGUGCAUAAUCAGAAGUUUAUUUCUUAAUGCUAAUUUUAAUUAUGUAAAUUAUAUUUUUGAAAUUUAACAAGCAAUUAAUGUAAAAUAUUUUUAAGCAUAAGUUUUUAAUUGAUUUGUUUUUAAAUAUACAUUUUUGCAUCCCAUAUUUCUACAUCAAUGAUUAGGUGAUCAUCCUUCCAUUCUUCAUUUACUAUUGUAAUUAUCCUAGGUAUAAAUGUUAGCACUGAGAUUUUUCCAUUCUUAUCAUGUAACAUAUUACUUUGUGGAAAAUGUAUAUAACUAAUCUGUAGUAAAAAUAAAUAAAUCAGUCAGUAUUUAUAAUUUAUAUGAAAUAAGAGUUAUUCAUUAAACUUGCAAAGUUAUGAAAAA